UGUCCUGAGAAUCAGUGACCCCAGUCAAAUUCCCUAUACUUACUACGAAUGAUUUCAAAUAUUACUUCUCUUUCAGAAAUCGAACCUUCUCUUGCAAUUCGGGAAGGAGUGUGGAAUAUUACGCAGGGGGCCGCACCUAAUAGUAGUUGAUGAUAUUUCGUGACAUUUCGGGUCCCGGGUACGUCUGCGAAGUGACAUUGAGGCAGUGUCUUUACCUUGUAAAGGUGACGAUUUGGUUGACAAACUUGCCAGAUCCUGAUUCAUCUCAUCGUGGCUGGAGUGUUCGAAUUCCGGCAUAUCUAAUUUAUAUAUUACUCUUCUUGUCUCGUUCAUUGGCAAUGUGAACUGAGAAUAUCCACUACCAAACGAAUCUUCGCCAACAUAUCUGUAGCAAAGAUGCCUUGUAAGCUAGCAAUAACGUCUAUGUCUCUCGGGCGAUGUUCUGCAGGCCAUUCCCUUGUGCACAAGCUGGAUAUGGCUUGUUUAUACGGCUAUAGAGGCAUUGAGCUUUUUUACGAAGAUCUCCUGGAUAUCGCGCAACAGGUUCCUGGGAAUUCCACGACGGACAAGGAACUUGAGGCGGCCCAUAUCAUUCGCAGACUUUGUCAAGAGAGGCGACUGGCAAUUGUAUGCCUUCAGCCGUUCGCACACUAUGAGGGAUUACUGGACCGCCAGGCGCACGGUGGUCGCAUAGAACAACUCCUUUUUUGGUUUCAGCUGGCGAUAGCCUUGGGUACCGACAUGGUGCAGAUCCCAUCCAACUUCCUGCCCUCAUCCGAACUUUCAGAAGACUCUCGCGUUGCCGUCGAAGAUUUAAGAGAGGUAGCCGAUCUGGGUCUCCAACAGAAACCGCCAAUCCGUUUCGUAUACGAGGCAUUAUGCUGGGGUACCCGAUGCAACUUGUGGGAACAGAGCUGGGAUAUCGUACAAGCCGUCGAUCGACCUAACUUCGGCCUCUGUCUCGACACGUUCAAUAUUGCCGGACGCAUCUACGCCGACCCUUCUUCGCCGACGGGUCGCACUCCGAACUGCGACCAGGCCGUGGAGGGGUCUAUAGCUCAUCUGAUAGCUACUAUAGAUAUUCAAAAAGUAUUCUAUGUACAAGUAGUCGAUGCCGAGCGGUUGACAGAACCAUUAAUACAAGGUCACGAAUUCUACAAUGCGGACCAACCGGCGCGGAUGAGCUGGUCUCGGAACUGUAGACUCUUUUACGGCGAGAAAGACCGUGGCGCCUAUCUCCCAGUGAUCGAGAUAUCGAGAGCAAUCUUCCAUGGGCUAGGGUUCGAAGGUUGGGUGAGUAUGGAGCUCUUCAACCGAAGGAUGUCAGAUGAGGAUGAGGCGGUACCCCAUGAAUUAGCAAGCCGAGGCGCCGUUGCUUGGAUGAAGCUUGUUAAAGACAUGAAGCUGAGAAUAGAUACCCCCACCCCUGAGAGAAUAGUGGUUGCGUCGUUAUGAUUGCCGAUACUAUAGUAGGGACGGAGUCGAAAACAGCGACGUUGUCCCAAAAAGACCCUCGGAUUCUCUUUUUAACGCUAGAGGCAAGUCAGGGACAGACCUGAGGCUUGGCUGUAUAACUUGUGCUGGCGUCGGCAUUGGCGUUGGUAUGCGUCAUUUUCCGCGGGGGGUCGAUGUGUUGUAUACCUAGGUGCGACGUAGAGAAGAAAGGGAAGAAAGGGAAGAA